AUGCAUCAUAUAAAAAAUAAUUUUGCAACUCAUUGGUUAUGCCGUCUUUCCGAAAAUAAGCAAAUUACUGUUGCCGUACUAGAAUCUGGAUCCAAUGCUGAUGAUCAGUUUGUGAUUCGCGCUCCUGGAAUGUAUGAUCAAGAUGUUGGCUCACCUCUUUGUCCUGUUAUGCCCACCGUCCCUCAAGAAGGCAUGAACAAUAGACAAUUGACGCUUGGUACAGGCAGACUCUUGGGUGAUGGUAGUGCUGUCAAUGGAUUAGUCUGGGCACGUGGUGGUUUGAAAGAUUAUGGUGCCUGGGAAGAACUCGGUAAUCCCAGAUGUAACGGGAAGGAAAUGUUCAAAUACUUUAAGAAGGCUGAAAACUACACGCCUCCUUCUCUUGCUCAAAUCGAAAUUGGCGCUACUGCUUUAAAGAGUGUCCAUGGUGUAGGAGGUCCUAUUAACGUCUCCUUCAGUACUUAUAAAUACGAUCAAACACGCUACUGGAACGCCUCUCUUAAAGCUGUGGGACUUGACUCUGUUCCCGAUAUCUUGAACGGUUCGCUUCAUGGUUAUUCUACUGUCCUGAGUAUUUUGAAUCCCAAGACAGCUCGUCGUGCUGAUGCUUAUACUGACUACAUUGCCCCUAAUGUUGAGCGCAAGAACCUCUUUGUCUUGGCUAAUCAUACUGUCUCCCGCGUUGAGUUUAAUGCACAAAAGGCUGGUGGCUUGUUGGCUACGAGUGUUGAAUGGUAUCCUAUUGGUGACAAGACGAGGAAACAAAUUGUGAAGGCACAUGAAGAAGUUGUUCUCUCUGCUGGCGCUCUUGGUAGUCCCAAACUUCUUGAACUUCCUGGUAUCGGUGACAAGAAUAUUCUUGCUUCUGCUGGUGUCAAGUCGCUACUCGAUUUGCCCAGUGUUCGUACUAAUAUGCAAGAUCAUGUCCACGCAGUGGCUGUUUCUACAACUAAUAUCGCUGGUUACACUUCCGACAGCAUCUUUGCCAAUACAACACUUGCUAAGCAAAUGAGAGAAGAAUAUGAUACAAAGAAAACAGGUAUCUAUGCUGCCACGCUGAACAACUUGGGUUAUCCUAGCCCUAGCCUCCUCUUUAAAGAUACUGCUGCUGUGUCUGGUAAGGCAUUUGCUGCCAAGAUUCGUGCUUCUAUGUCUCAAUAUGCUAAAUACUAUGUCUCUACCAACUCUACUAAUGUCCAAUUGAUCAAGAAGCAAUACGAAAUUGUUGCCAGUCGUUAUGAAGAAAACUAUAUGUCUCCUGUUGAAAUCAAGCUCACACCUGGUUAUAGUGGUACUGGUAAGGCCGAUACCAAGAAUUUGAAAUACCAAACUGUCAACCAUGUCUUGAUUGCUCCUUUGAGUCGUGGUCAUACCCAUAUCGGUUCUUCUGAUGUAGAAGAUCCUGUCACCAUUAACCCACAAUACUAUUCUUAUCCUCUUGACGUUGAAGUUCAUGUUGCUUCACUUAAGCUUGCUCGUAAGAUUCUUGAUGCUCCUAACGGUCUUGGUCAAUGGAACACAGGCGAAACCGAACCUGGAAAGCAGGUGUCUAGCGAUGAAGAUAUGAAAAAAUGGUUAUCUAACAAUGUUCGUUCUGACUGGAAUCCUGUUGGUACUUGUGCUAUGCUUCCCAAAGAACUAGGUGGUGUGGUUGAUUCUAAACUCAGGAUUUAUGGUACUGCCAAUUUAAGAGUUGUUGACACUUCUAUCAUUCCUCUUGAAAUCCCUUCUCAUUUAAUGCAACCUGUCUAUGGUGUCGCAGAAAAGGCUGCUGAUAUCAUCAAAAAUGCCGGAAGCUCUAAGUCUUACCAUUAG